AUGGUGAAAUCAGACGUACGGAAGGAUUACUAUGCGGACCUUGGGCUUCAGCCCAGCGCGGAGGCCGAGGAUGUCAAGCGCCAGUUCAGGAAACUAGCUCUCAAGUACCACCCAGACAGAAACCCCGGAAGAGAAGUCGAGUUCAACGCCAAAUUCCAGGCCAUCCAAGCCGCCAACGAAAUAUUGAGUGACCCUCACCAACGACUCAAGUAUGAUACAGAUCGUCUACGGGCGGGCUACGGAAAGAACUACGGACCAACAAGAGCAAACACCCAGCGCAAAACACAGCCCACCAGCUAUCCUCCUCGCCCAACGGGAACGCCUGCACCCUCGGCCAGUGCCCAAUAUACCAAAACACCGCCGAAUGGCCCAUCCGCUGGCGCGCGGCGAUACGCGUCACAUGCACGGGCUGGGCCGCAACAAUGGAAGCCUCAGGACAAUGCGCAGACUCGGGCCGAUGCCUUCAAAGGAUUCAACAAUAUGCGAGGAGGCCAGUCCGCUGGAUGGCAAGGAUUUGAUCCUUCCACUGGUCGGGCUUCCGCGGGCACACCAGGCCCUGGGGCUCAGCGUCAUCCUUUUGGAGCAUCUGCGCAGUCCGCUAGGCCAAAGUCUGCCUUUGAGACCUUCCAGAACGCACAACCUCAUGCCCAGUCACAGAGUACCAAGAAGAAGCAGGGCUUUGCGCCAGGCGCUGCUGGGGGAGACGAACCCAUGGCCCGCAACACGUCUGCCUACAGUAGCAGCAGUCGGGCUGAAAGACCAAGUAGCCAAUACUAUGAGCCUGCUCCGCCACCGACUGCGAAGAAGGCAUCUGAACCCGAUCCAGUGCAGCAGACAUAUACUCCAGAGUUUGAACGACAUAGCAGAAGCUAUGCUCAGGCCGGAAAGGGCGAAAAGACAUUCUUUUCAAGUACUGGAUUAGGUCGCUCUCAAACCAUGCGGACUCCCUCAGGAACGACUCGCCCGAAUGUGAACGCCAAUACCUCCAGUCCUACAUCGGGCCGAUCUGGAAGAUAUCGUAGUGCCAGUCCCAAAGCCAGACGGAACCCCAAUAACUAUGACUCCACCAGCUCAAGCGAAUCGGAGGAUAUACCCAAACCCAAGGCCGUUCCAAAAAGUCGACUCAGGGCGCAUCAGAAUUUUGCCGAUUUCCAUCGCCAGCAGGCUCAAAGUCCCAAAAACGGUAAGCGCCCCAUGCGUUACCAGCAUCUCAUUCGUCCCCGUUCCCAUUACAACCGCGACCCAACCCAGGAUGCGGUUUACGCGAUUGUGAUCAUGCUUUCCCAUGCCAAAACUAGGCGCGAGCGUGCUUAUUUUCUCAGCCUGCUCAAUAUCAGGCACCAUUUCAAGAAAACUGCUGACAGAACUGAUCCGAAAGGCCAUGCCUCGGAUAGCGCAGCAUUCCCCAAAUCCUCAUUUCGACCGACCCAGCAGCCCAACUCAUCAGGCUCUUCCUCUUCUAUCAAUGCUGAGACGGGUAUAUCUCCCGAACGGCCUGAACGCCCUCAAACAACCGCAUUUGGGAACAGCAGCACAAGUGAAUUGCACAAAAAGUUCUCCGCGGACGAUUGGCGCAAGCACAUAGAGCGAUUUGAUUUCAUCGGCUCCUCUUCGCCAAGCAAGGAGAGCCUUCCUCGAUCACCUGGAUCACAAAACAGAGGACGAACACCUCAGCGAAAUGGAAAUGCACCCCCGGUGUACAACCAGGGCACGACGUCAACGCAGCAACCUACUUCAUCAUCACAGACUCAGCAGCAACCCACGCCUUUCGCGCAGGCAAAGUUCUCUGCAGACUCGUGGUCUGAGAGGCUUCAAAAUCUUCAUUGGGGACCCGACGCAGAGAAGACUCGGCAAACCGCGAACUCUGCGCCACCUCGCAGUCCCAAGAAACCUACCCGGUCAGGCACAAAGUUGCGGAGCGCUCCGCAGCCCGCGAGCGUUGCGACUGAAGCGGAUGAGGCCAAAGACACAAUCAAUGGCCACCCACCCUCUGUUCCCCCAAGAGCACCUGCACCCGAUGUUGAUGUCGAGGAAAUGGAUCUUGACGAAGACUUCCCUCCGUCCAAGCCAAACCCUCCACCCGUUCCUAGAAAGGCUCCUCAUGAUCCCCAGGAUCCCAACCUCUACCAGAAUCCCCAGCCAAGAAACCCAGACCCCCCUCCUCGAGCUGAAAACAACACGCCGAUCUCACCUCCACGCCCUGCUCUUUUCAACCUUGGCAACCUCCGCAACGCCGCUCCGUUCACCAACACCAACAGUGGAGGCAUCGAGAACCUCGAGGAUAUCCACACAACACUCCCAUUCCAAUCACAGGCGAAACAACCAGCGACUACAAAACGCGACAUCCAACCCCGCGACCUCCAACUCCCAGACCCACCAAAACGCCCUUGGGCCCCCAAACCCAUUACAUUCCCAGGUGCAUCUGCUCCCAUCCUACCACGCGACAAAUGGAACUGGUAUGUCUCUGCAAUGGGAGCCUACAUGCACGAAUGGAACAUCUUCAACCGCCGCAUGCUCACGCAUCUCAACAUACGACAAGAUGCGAACGAAACUGGUCUUGCGCCAGGGUGGAUCAGCGCCGUUGGCGACUCCACACGUCUCAAGAUCGGCGACGAAGACGAUCUCAGCAACGGCAAGACAAAAGUUCGCGAGGACAGCGACCUUGAUGAAUUCCUCGUUCCCGGCUCCGGGAAGGGCGGUUUCAGCGCUUAUCUUCGUGGCGUCGAGGAAGAUAUUCACGUGCGGAAGCAUUGGGAUGUCGCUACUGAGAUGCAUCGCGAAUGCAUUAUUGAUCUUGGGCGUUUAAGAGAGUGGAUCCGAAAUGGUGGAAAGGUUGCUUAG